UUUAGUCUUAUUUCUGGUCCAUGUGUUUAAUCUUUGAUUGAAGUCUGAGAGACGGAGAGGAGGAGGACGAGAGUGUGUGAGAAAGAGGAGAUGGCGGCGAUGCAGUGGUGCGGCGCGAUGACACGACGGAUUAUGAUGACGCAGCGAACAUCUGCAGCUCUGAAUUGUUCGGCGAGGUAUUCAUCGUUAUCUCCGGCGUGUGCAGCUCCGGCGGUAUCGGAAAUGGAUUUGUGUGGGAGAGGAGAUAAGAAGACGAAGAAAGGGAAAAGAUUCAAAGGAUCGUACGGGAAUUCGAGAGGGAAGAAACAGAAGAUGAUUGAGAGAAUCAAAGACAAGCUUGAGCUUCCCAGGUCUACUCCUUGGCCUCUUCCUUUCAAGCUCAUCUGAAUCUCUUGUUAGGGGUUUUCUCCUCUUUUGCCAACAACAAAAAUGUCGCCUUUAGUGGCGGUUCUCUCUGUAUACUUUUUGUUAUGAAUCAUUGAACUUGUUUGAAAUUGAAAUUGGUCAUCAAUAUUUCCUCUUUUACUGGUGAAGUAGCUUCACUUGGGAUCAGAAAUGUAGAGAGUGUGAGGUCAUAAGCUAUAUAGAUAGCAACACUGUGAAUUGUUUGAUUGGCUUUUCCUUCUUUCUGCGAUUAGAGAUUCAGUGACCUUAGACCUUUCAGGUGGUUGUCUAAUUAGUUGGUUGUAGGAAGAUUAUAGAACUGAACUAAUCUGAUGCUUUGGUAUGAAUGUUUUUGCUGAAUCGCUUGGAUGAAUCGAUGGUUGAAUGUAGGAUAAGCAAGAUAUGGCUUGAGAGAC